AUGUACAUCAAGACUCUCCUCAUCUUUGUUGCUCUUGCUGCUGUGGACGUGUAUGGGAGCCACAUUCAUUACCAUGGACCCAUCGCCAUCCCACAUGUCCUCCACAACGGCUAUCUAGCAGACACACAUGAAGUAGCAGCAGCCAAGAGCGCUCAUUUUGCUGCUCUGGCUACAGAGACUCACGGUCACGGGUAUGGAGGGGCUACGGUUAUGGUGGAGGCUAUGGAUAUGACCAGGAUGAAAUACCAUGGACCCAUAACUGCACCUCAUGUACUGUAUGACGGACUCAUCGCAGACACUCACGAGGUUGCUGCUGCCAAGGCUGAUCAUUUCGCCGCCGUAGCCAAGGCCAAGGCUCAUGCAGGAUACGGACAAGACUACAGCGGACGUUAUGCCGGAGGAUAUGGCGGGCAUUCAGGAGCGUAUCAGGGAUACUCCCAUCGUGUCGCUCCUUUCCAAGGACCUCUCGCCAAGCCUGUCGUGCUCAAGUCUGGAUACCUGGCAGACACUCACGAGGUCGCUGCCGCCAAACAUCACCAUCUUGAGGCCCUCCACAAGGCCAGUAAAUAUGGUCAUCACGAUUAUCAUUAUUGA